AUGUUUAUAAAAGUCAAAAAUUCUAGUAUCCCGACCUUCUGGCUCCCGCUUAUCUUCUACGACGAGCCAUACUGGGGCCAAGUGCUGGUUACCUUGGUUGAAAUUUGCCUCUAUAUUUUCACUGGAUACGUGAAAACUGUUGCUCUGAAAACCAUCCUAGAAAUUCGAAUUUUUCAUACUAAUUUGAUGAUCAUAGGAGGCUCCGCAUUUGGAAUGUGGUACUUUUUGAUUUUUGGGAAGUUGAUAACUAUAGCAUAUAGACUUAUACCAAUAAUUGAUGAUAUCGGGCGAAAAGGCGAUUUUUGGACGGAUGACCCGGAAAAAAUGCUCAAUGUGCAAGAAUUGGAUGGAAUUUGGUUUCUGAUAGUAGCAGGAUUUUUGGAAUGUUAUUUUGGGUAUUCAGUGGUUUUUGGAAUAAUGGGUGUUGUAACAGAAAGAGUGAUUGCCUCGCUGUUGAUAGAUAACUACGAGAAAAACACAAAUAUAUUGAUACCUGUGGCUAUUAUCACAAUGUCCCAAUUUUUUGCAAUAUCUCUAACCGUUCUUCUGAUUUCCAAUAUUUUUCCAAAACUUGUGCUAACACUUCCCUGGGUGGCUUGUUUUGUCGUAUCCAUAUUUAUGUAUUUUUAUAUAAGGGAGAUAAAUACAAAAUGGCUUCAAGAGAUGGAGAAUCCUCGGAGGACAAGAGUUUUUACAGUUUCUCAAAGAUUCCAAGUUAAGGAGAAUCUGAAAGCAGUUUACCUCAGUGAACGUAUAGUAGCAUCGGUUCUCGGUUCCCUUUUAUUAUUUGGAAGUGGUUUAUUGGCACUAUCUUUUAAUUUGCUCUCGCCAUUUACAGUCCAUAUAGGAGAAAAUAUGAUGUUUUGCUAUCCAUUGCUAAUUAUGCCAUUAAUAGUGUUUGGGAUACCUGCUUGGAAAAAAAGAUUCGUCAAGUAUUUUCCGGAAAUUUCAUUUUUCCGUCAAAAAAUGGUUAUACGAAUGUCUAGUGUGGACGUUAUUGAUGACAAUCAGAAGCAAAUUAUGAAAGAAACGGAUACUUAUUUUAGACAAUUGAAGGAUGCGUGGAUUUGA